AUGGAAUUAGAACCCCAUAAAUACACCGAGCUCCGGACUGAGGCUAUCAGGCAGAUGAAAGAAAAUGGAGAAGAAACUUAUCCUCAUAAGUUCAACGUUCAACUGUUUUUAAUAUCACACAUAUUAAAAACAGACGAGACCCGGUCGUUCCGACAAAUUUUUCUUUUCAGUCUCCCAGGUCGAAUUCAUGCCAAGAGACAUGCUAGUGGAAAACUAGUGUUUUACGACCUGAGAGGGGAAGGAGAUAAACUACAGAUUAUGGCAAAUCUCCAAUUCUACGAGUCUGAGGAGAAGUUUGUGAAAAUCAUCAAGGAUCUCCAUCGUGGGGAUAUUGUUGGAGUUGAAGGAAAUCCCACCAAAACCAAGAAAGGAGAGCUCAGCAUUGUGCCAACCAAAAUGAUGCUUUUGUCUCCUUAUCUGCACAUGGUCCCACACCUUCACUUUGGCCUCAAAGACCAGGAGAAAAGGUACCGCCAGCGUUAUCUUGACUUGAGCAUGAAUGAGUCUGUGAGGCAGAAAUUCAUAACAAGAGCAGCAAUAUUUAAAUAUCUGAAGAGUUUUCUGGAUGGCCUGGGGUUUCUGGAGAUAGAAACCCCAAUGAUGAAUAUGAUUGCUGGAGGUGCUGCUGCCAGACCAUUCAUCACACAUCACAAUGAUCUGAACAUUGACCUAUACCUGAGAAUUGCUCCUGAGCUCUUCCUAAAGAUGUUGGUUGUAGGAGGUCUGGACAGGGUGUAUGAAGUGGGCUGUCAAUUUAGAAAUGAAGGCAUUGACCUAACACACAAUCCGGAAUUCAGCACUUGUGAAUUUUACAUGGCUUACGCGGAUUACAACGACUUGAUGGACAGCACUGAGAAACUCCUAUCAGGUAUUGCAUAUAGCCAUUUAAUAGGAGCAUUUCUUUACUGUGGAAGAAUGAGGAUGAUGGAUGAACUUGAGAAGGUCUUGGGUGUGAAAUUACCAGCUGCACAUACUCUGGAUACUGAAG